CCAUUAGCAAUGCAAACAGGGGUGGUUCAUAUUUUGUCCAGAUUUAUCAUAUCAGCAAAAAAAACAUCUAUUUUAUGAAGUCUUUCUGAUCUUGGGGGGUUUUCAUAUAUUUUACUUUAAAACACGUCUAAUAACUUGACAUAAUUGGGGAUUUGUCAACGUCAUGAAUGUACUGCGAUAGUCUGAUCCAUGCCGGAAGUGUUCGUGUUUACGGCGCGUUAGCAUGGUGGACGUGAACCUCAUUCGCUCGCUUUCGUUUUUGUAAACAACGACUCGACCUUUUAUUCCGUUCGCGUGAAUUAAUAAGGGUCAUUAAGCGCUGCAUGGUGGUUUGGACGUGGUCCGAGUUACAGCGAGACGGCGCAAUGGCCAGCUGGCAAGGAAACUAACGAGGCUUGGCUAACGUCUUCCUCGUUGCCUGUGGACUCGAGCAGGUGCGACGUGGCCAUGGGCGCCGAGAGCAGCGCCGUGCGGAGCUGCACGCUGGAGGAGCCGCUCCUGAGCCUGCCCUUCGGUCUCACCAUGUUCUCGGCCGUCCUCCAGGACGGGAAGGUCGCUUCCGUGUUUGUCCACAAGCGCGGCAACGAAGAUAAGGUCAACAAAGCGGCUAAGCACCUGAAGACCCUGAGGCACCCGUGCCUGUUGCGCUUCCUGUCCUGCUCCGUGCAGGACGGCAGCAUCCACCUGGUGACGGAGCGCGUCAAGCCUCUGGAGUUGCUGCUGGACAGCCUCACCCCCGAAGAGAUCUGCGCCGGAAUCUACGACCUCUUGCAGGCGAUCGUCUUUUUGCACGAGAGAGGUAAAUCGAGCCACAACAACGUGUGCAUCUCGUCGGUGUUUGUCAGUGAAGAUGGACAUUGGAAGUUAGGAGGGAUGGAAACGGUCUGCAAGUUCUCUGAAGCAACUCCAGAGUUUCUUGUGAGCAUUCAGAGCGUGAGAGAUGCCAGCUGUGUUCCUCCAGAGGAGCAGGUGGAGGGCUUUAAAAUGCUUCCAGAUAAACACGCCCACUCUCGAGAUUGUUACUCUUUUGGCUCCAUGCUCGAGGCCCUCCUGCCUCUGUUGAAUGGUUACGUCUCGCAGGAGCUGUCCGACAGUCUGAAAAAGACCCUGCAGGCGGGCCCGCUGAACUCUGACCCCUCCCGUCGGCCUUCCCUCAGCUCCUUGCUGACUCAUGAUUUUUUCAGGAACGACUUUCUGGAAGUGAUGAACUUUCUGACCAGCCUCACGCUCAAAACCGAGGAAGAAAAAAACGAGUUCUUCAAAUUUCUUCUUGACAGAGUCCAAAGCCUCCCCGAGGAACUGACCGCCGCUCGCCUGGUCCCCAAACUGCUCAACUCCCUGGUGUUUGCCGAGCCGAUGGCCGUCAAAAGCUUCUUGCCACAUCUCCUUAAGCCAAAGAAAGAUUGCGGCGGCGAAGAGUGCCUGCUGUCUGUGGCCCUUUACCGCAAGCACGUCAUCCCGCAGCUGCUCAAGCUCUUCAAAGUCAACGAGGAGCACGUGCGGAUGGUGCUGCUGGCCAACAUCCACAUCUACGCUCCCUUCUUCUCCCAUGAGGAGCUGAAGAUCCAGAUUCUACCUCAGGUUUUGCUCGGAAUGAGAGACACCAACGACGCCUUGGUCGCUAUGACGCUGCAGAGUCUGGCCGUGUUGGUCCCUUUGCUCGGGGCUCAGGUGGUGGUCGGAGGAGAGAGAACCAAGGUCUUUAAACGCACCACUCCCAAGUUCACCAGGUCGGCAGAGGCCACGCCGGAAAUGUCACCCGUCCACAUCAUCGGAGGCUCCUAUCCGCUGAUAGAGCAGCCUUCCAAGGUUUUGAAUUUGUUCCCCAGACCGCCGGAAGACCUCGUUCAGGGCAACAGCGGUCGAUUUUGGGGAAAAAGUGACAUUUCAACAAACUGCAAGCUGGAGCCGACAUCAGGCAUCAGCAAACCGACGUCCCUGCCCUUAAAUGGCUUCCGCCAGCUCGGUGACACGGACGCUUGCAGCCCGGGAGAGGCGCCGCAUUCGGCCAAAGGCCGCGGGGAGGACUGGCCCGACUGGAGCGAUCCAGACGACGGCGAGGACCGAAAGAGGGAGCCGGUCCAGAUCCUCAUCGAGGCCUCGGGUCCGGCCGGCAGAACGUGCCAGGCUGUAGGAGAUGCAGAUGAAGAGCCUUGGGAUGACUUCGAGGAAACGGAAGCCACAAGCGAUGCCGCUCCUGCAGCUUCAGUUGUGUUUGCCACGCCUGCUGGAAAGCAAAGCGCAGAGACGCUAAGAUCGGGAUCUUCCAAACCCCUGAAACUGACCUCAGCGGCACGACCGGCCAAUGGACCGCCAGUGGACCCUAAGCCCGCCGGGCCGCAGAACCGCGGGGACUCGGGAGGUCUCGGGGAGGAGUUCACCAUCAAGGUGAAGAAGAAGCAGCAAAAAGAAGUAGACCCAGAGCUAGAUUUGUUUGCGGACAUGGUGCCGGACAUCAAGAUGUCGUCCCCGGCUCUGCUCACGCUUGAGCGCGCGGGACUGACGUCAAACGACUCUGCCGUCGACAUGACGACAAUGUUGCUGUCUGCCAAGUUUGCUGCUGCCAGUCUGCCUGAGGCUGAAGGAGACGGUUGGGGCGACGACGGCGACGACCUCAACUGGGAGGACGACAAUGGUUGGGGAUGACAUUUGCCGGGAAGCAACGAUGGAGCACUCGCCUGCACCCCAAAAAAAAAAAAAAAAAAAAACACUUAUCCUGUACCAACUCUCGAUUUUUGACUCAAGAACAAAGACUUGGCUGCUUGUUCGUUCAGAUGGAAGGAAUCGGUGCUAAUCAGGUAGGUGGGGAUGUAAAUGAAGCCAUUUUUAAUUUCUUGUCAACUGACAAGAAUGAUGAUGAUGAUGAUGAUGGAACAUACGAGGUGAAAAGAAAUCAUUAUGUGCCAACUUUGCUAAGGGGAUCUUUGUGAGGUUGGAUGCCCAAGAAGGCCUCUUGCACUUUGAAUGAAUGUGAAGGGCAUGAGAUUAAUUUAUUAGUGGCUUUUUGGAGGGCUCGCUAGUGAAAUAAAGCGUAAACUGGACACAGAC